UAUUUUGCUAGGCUCAUAUCCACUGCUUUGGGGUACUAAUUCUAGGAGGUACCAUCAAAUUAAAAAGGGAUAGAAUAAAUUUUAAAAAAAUAUUUAUUUUAUUUAUUUCCCCUGCUCCUUUUCUGUUUUGACCUGCAGAAAUAUGUUGCAGUGCUUUGUGCAGGGCUGCUGCUGCUACAGUGAUGCUGGCAGGAUGUCGGCUUUCUCAGCCUUCCAUGCCAAAGGAUAAGGGGACGUCAGGAGGAGGCGGGGGGGCCAGGUUGUUUUGAAAGUUGUUUGUGUGUUGAAAGCCGGUGGGAAAGUUCAGGCUUCCCCAUUUGGAAGAGGCAAGGCUGGGUUCCGCUCUUCCAACAUGCGCUUUCCAUUUUUAGCUUCAUUCAGACGCAGACAGCAGUUCCUUUCCUCUUCCUCUCCUUGUUUGUGUGACACUUUUCUGAGGCAGCUUUUCCACAGGCGACUAAGUGGUCUCACGGCCAUGACCCCACAUUUUCUUCAGCACGGAAUAUUAUUUUCUCUCUGAAGCAUUAAGGAAAGGGUUUGAAAAAGGCUGCUACACAGUGUAGCUCGGACGCUGUGAGUUUCAAGAAUCUGGUGAAAGGGAGAGAGUGGACAAUGAAAAUGGACAUGGAGGAUGCUGACAUGACUCUGUGGACAGAGGCUGAUUUUGAAGAGAAGUGCACAUAUAUUGUAAAUGAUCAUCCGCUGGAUCCCAGUGCCGAUGGAGGCACCUUAACUCAGGCAGAGGCUUCCUUGCCAAGGAACUUGACUUUCAAAUAUGCAUCUAACUGCAAAGAGGUCACUGGAGUGAUAAGCAAAGAGUACAUCCCAAAAGGAACACGCUUUGGACCCCUGGUAGGAGAGAUCUAUACCAGUGAUACGGUUCCCAAGAAUGCAAACAGAAAAUACUUUUGGCGGAUCUAUUCAAGUGGUGAACUUCACCACUUCAUUGAUGGAUUUAACGAGGACAAGAGCAACUGGAUGCGUUAUGUAAACCCUGGCUACUCUGUUCAGGAGCAGAACUUGGCUGCUUGUCAGAAUGGAAUGAACAUCUACUUCUAUACCAUCAAGCCCAUCCCUGCCAACCAAGAGCUGCUUGUGUGGUAUUGCCGAGACUUUGCAGAGAGGCUGCACUAUCCCCCCUCCAGAGAGCUGACAAUGAUGAACCUCACACAAACCCAUGUUAAUCCAAAGCAGCACAGCGCUGAUAAAGAUGAGCUUUAUCAGAAAAGCAUCCCAAAGAAGGAGCACAGUGUGAAAGAGAUCCUGAAAAUGGAAUCCAAUCCUCCUAAAGGAAAAGACUUCUUUCAGACCAACAUUUCACCAGUUACUCCAGAAAAAGACUUGGAUGAUUUACGUAAGAACUAUAGCCCAGAGAGGUGUUUCCUCCCUCGAGUUGUCUACCCAAUCCGACCUCACAUUCCUGAAGACUAUCUGAAAGCUUCCUUAGCAUAUGGCAUGGACAGACCCAGCUACAUCACUCACUCACCCAUCCAGGCAUCUACUACACCAAGUCCUUCCGGGAGGAGCAGCCCAGACCAAAGUUUAAAAAGUUCAAGCCCUCACAGUAGUCCGGGGGUUACAGUUUCGCCUCUGGCACCUACUUCCCAAGAGCACAGAGAGCCAUACUCUUACUUGAACGGAUCAUAUGGCUCAGAAGGAUUGGGGUCUUAUCCUGGAUAUGCACCUCCUGGCCACCUCUCACCUGCCUUUCUACCGUCCUAUAACCCCCAUUACCCCAAAUUCCUGUUACCUCCAUUCAAUAUGAGCUGUAAUAACCUGAGCGCUUUGAACAAUAUCAAUGGCAUCAACAAUUUCAAUCUCUUCCCGAGGAUGUACCCUCUUUAUGGCAACCUGCUCAGUGGGGGUAGCCUUUCCCACCACAUGCUCAACCCCACCACGCUCCCCAGCUCAUUGCCCAGUGAAGGAGGCCGUCGACUGCUGCAGCCUGAUCAUCCAAGAGACUUCCUCAUACCAGCACCCAACAGUGCCUUCUCUAUCACGGGCGCUGCUGCCAGCAUGAAGGACAAGCCAUGCAGCCCUACCAGUGGGUCCCCCACCGCUGGUACAGCAGCCAGUUCGGAACACAUAAUGCAACCUAAACCUACCUCAGUGGUGUUGGCUGCCACCGGCGGUGAAGAAGCCAUGAAUCUCAUUAAAAGUAAGAGGAAUGUGACCGGUUACAAAACCCUCCCAUACCCACUGAAAAAGCAGAAUGGGAAGAUCAAGUACGAAUGCAAUGUUUGCUCCAAGACCUUUGGCCAGCUCUCCAAUCUGAAGGUGCACCUCCGAGUACACAGUGGAGAGAGACCAUUUAAAUGCCAGACUUGCAAUAAGGGCUUCACACAGCUGGCUCACCUCCAGAAGCACUAUCUGGUACACACAGGAGAAAAGCCCCACGAGUGUCAGGUUUGUCACAAGCGGUUCAGCAGCACCAGCAAUCUCAAAACCCACCUGCGGCUCCACUCUGGAGAGAAGCCUUACCAGUGCAAGCUCUGCCCAGCCAAAUUCACCCAGUUUGUGCAUCUGAAGCUGCACAAGCGUCUCCACACCCGGGAACGCCCCCAUAAAUGCAUCCACUGCCACAAGAGCUACAUUCACCUCUGCAGCCUCCAGGUCCACCUGAAGGGCAACUGCCCUGUCGCCCCGGCCUCCGGCCUCUCCAUGGAGGACCUGAACCGAAUCAACGAGGAGAUCGAGAAGUUCGACAUCAGUGACAAUGCUGACAAGCUGGAAGAAGUGGAGGACAAUAUCGACUUAACAUCGAUCGUGGAGAAGGAUAUACUGACCAUGCUCAGGAGGGAAAUGGAAGGAGCUAACCUGAAAGUCUCCCUGCAGAGGAACCUGGGAAAUGGGCUUAUCUCCUCAGGAUGCAACCUUUAUGAGUCGUCAGAUAUGUCAGUUAUGAAGUUGCCUCACGGUCACCCACUACCUCUGUUACCUGUAAAGGUCAAGCAAGAAACAAUUGAACCAAUGGACCCUUAAGACUUUUUGGCAAAGUGAUUUUUUUUUUUAUUUAUGACUUGGCAAGUCAGGGUGCCUGUAGCAGUUGCUUGUACAUAGUUUCAAUGCUGCAAAGCAAUCUUGGCUUACAGUAGUUUCCCUACGCUCUCCAGCUGAAAGAAGGAACUCCAAAGUUACUGUUUUCUCAGGGCAUAAAAAAGGGGCAAAGGACUCUGCAUUGCCUCGCCAGUUACUAAGAGACAAUCAUUUAUCCAUAAUUAUUUUUUCAAUGAUAGUACUUCAUAAUUUAUUAUGCAAUUAAUCAUUCUAAAAGCAAUAAUUAGGAAAAUGUUUACAAUGACUGGAAAAAUUCAUUGUAAUUUUUACUUUAAAUGUUUUUAUUUUUUGUUUUAUGGGCCAUUCUUUGUAGAUAUUUUUUUUCUGCACAUCUGUUUUAAGAACCUAAGAUUAGGGUUUCAGUAAAUGUGUUUUAUGUACCAAUGUCUUUUAAACAAAUGUGGUUUUUCAUAUUGCCAAAGUUGGACAUGUGACAUACAGAAUCCUAGAUCUGUUGGUUUGAAAAAAAAUGCUGUGUACUUUCAUGAGCAAAUUACCCCACUGGGAAUUGAAAAGGAGGAAAAAAAAUAGCAAACCAACAACCCAACAACCCAGAGUAGCAGCAAGCAGGGAAGAAACUUUUUCUCCUGCCUCUCUGAGGGGAGGAGAAAGAUUCUUCUACCUGCAGCUCUCCCUGGAACAGAUGUGGCACAGUAAACACCGACUUGCCAUGGACAAUACCACAGGUUUUUAGAACACAGCUCCAGCCCCACAUGUUGUCAUGUAACUUUAAGACCAAAGGAACACAUGAGCUUAAAGUGGCUUUUCCAAAAUAAAAUCUCACUUACAUUCUUUUGUUUCCAAAAGCAGUUUAAAAGCAAAGAUACAAAUAUUAUUCUGCCUAAAAGGGGGGUUUGGGCAGAUGUCUUUCUUCUGAUUUUUGUUUUAUUUUGGGGUUUUUUUUGGCCAGAGCCUUCCAGGGAUAAAAAAAAAGGAUGGUCAUAUUCCCUGAGUAAGAAGGUGUUCAGUUUUUCUUGUAUUUUUCUUGCCCACUUUGCCUGGGUAGAAGUGGGGAACAAAGUCCUUUCCUGGCACAUAAAUUUUUUUCUUCCUUCCUGUACGACUCAGAUUUUUCUCAGUAUUUGUGUUUGUACAUUUUGUGGUUAAUUUAAUUAAAGAAGAAAAGGGCAUUGCAAAGUUGUUGAACAACAAUUACCUCAGUGCUUGUGUCCAGUGGUGCAGACAAUGCUGUUUUACCUAAAUGCUUUGCUACUUUAGAGAAGAAACCAAAAUGUGCACAGGGAAAGAUAGAAUGCACGUCCUUUUAUCUUUUUGUUUUGCUAAGCCCAAAGAUGAUAUGGUGACGUUUGAGGUGUAGCAAAGAAUACAUGUAUAUUUAUAGAUAUAUUUAUACCACUAUACGAUAUAUGUAUAUGUAUAUAUAUUUAUACCACUUAAGUUGUGAGCCAAACCAUGUAAUAAAACCUAUUUUUCAUCUAAGUGUGAAAAUUAAAUGUUAUCCCAGUUUUGUAAAUAACCAAGGACCUCAAAACCAGAAGGUUGAACCAAGGCAUUCAUCACUUGCAAAUACACACGCACAGCUGAAGGCAAAGCCGGAACUUGCAAACACGUGGACGACAUCAUCAUGCAUCCAUGUGUGGCAUCUCAGUGAAUUUGGUGGGAAUCACCCUGUUUGCAGGCCUGGGCUCCUUCAGUCCCCUGCUCUCCUGGCAGUCUGCACUGGGGGGGAAGGAGGCUGGUGGUCAGUCAACAGCCAGCCAGAAAAUGUAACUGAAAGAACUUGAAAAGAAGCCAAAUAUGACCCGUGCGUGAUGUGGUCACAAAUCACAGUAAGGGCAGGAUGGAAUUCAGGUGGGACAAGGCCCUUGCCUCAUUGUGCCCUGCCACUAAUGAGUUGCACAGUCAACUCACACAAACAUAAAUAGCAUUAUUACACUCCUCCCCUCCACCUAUCCCUUUUUGUCUAGUUAUGUUCUUAAAAAAAAUUUUUAGAAGUCCACCUCAACAAUUCAGGAUUCGGUGGUCUUUUUUUUUUUCAGCAAACUUCAUUUUAAUGCCUUCUGUUAAAAAAAAACAAACAAUCCUGAAAUACAAGUCUCUAAACACAGCUUUUGAAGGACUCCAGUUCAUUACAUUUCCACUCCUGCAAAUUGUGAGGCUGACAUCUUUUAAAUGUAGCAAUAGUUCAAAAAUAUAGUACUUAAUUGUAGGAUAAACCAAAGUAUCACUACUCUGUCACUGGACACACACUUUUCCUAUUAUUGCCUGUAGUGCUUUCUUGUAUUUGAUACAAAAUUUACAAGAAUUUAUAUGCAUCAGCUUUAAGAAUUGUUACUUCUCUUUACUGUUUCCCCCUCCCCUUAGACGUUUUACAUGUGAAUGUAGCAACAAUCAACAGUGUUUUUGGGGGUUUUUUUGUCUCUCUUAAGAAAGACUCUGACCAAAGUUAACAGGCUUUUUACUUUGCUAGAACAACAAACUAUUAUAUGUUUACGUAUUGGUUUACAUCAUUAUUUAUGUGCAAAUUGUCAAAUGUAAAUUAAAUAUAAGUGUUCAUUGCUUUA